UCCAGAUCUGCCGAACCUCCCUCAAACGCUCUGGCUUCAGCGACUCAUCCAGCGGUCCAACCCUCCAAAAGUCUGGUCAACCUCCUCCUACCUAGAUCAGCUGGCCGGAUAUUCGGAUGUAAAGCAGUCUAAUUAAUUGCUUCACAAUGUCUUCCCGCUCGGAUCGUCCCCACCGGCUCAAGUAUAUGAGCCUGCUCGAACCCAGUCCGGUCUUUCCUCCAGAACCAGGACUGAUACACACCGAUUCAUGACUCUACAACUUUCCAUUCCAUUUCACAGUCUCCAUUUCACUGCAUAGCUACUUCCCUGAGACCUACUGCCACCAUGCCCUCAACGAGUGAGCUCUCCGACCCCAAGGAAUACCAGAAGAUCUUCCACUGGGCAGAGACACAAAAGGAUGGCACAAUCCCAUCAUUCAGCACAAGACGGAACGAUCCCUAUGAGUACCAAGCCGGAUUUGGCAAUUCAUUUGUCUCUGAGGCUGUUCCUGGCACCAUUCCACAGGGCCAAAACAGCCCUCGCAACGUCCGAUUCGGCUUGUAUGCCGAGCAAAUCACGGCAACGGCCUUUAUUGCCCCCAGACAUUGCAACAAGAAGGCAUGGUUAUACCGUGCCCGGCCGGCCGUUGCCCACCAGGGAUUUACCGAUCUUCCUGACAACAAAGACACAGAGUCUAACUUUCUGCCGCUGAACCCUCGCGUCCAUGUCUCUCCCACUCAACUUGCCUGGCACCCAUUCGACAUUCCUACCAGUGGUGAAGUGGAUUUCGUCUCGGGUCUCAAGACCGUGGCUGGGUCGGGCGAGCCGACCCUUCGCGAGGGCCUGGCGACUCACGUCUACGUUGCCAACGCUAACAUGACCAAAAAGGCCUUUGUCAACUCGGAUGGUGAGAUGGCCAUAGUCCCCCAACAGGGCGCACUAAACAUCCAGACCGAAUUUGGCCCAUUGUUUGUUCAGCCCGGAGAGAUCGUCAUAAUCCAGCGCGGCAUCCGUUUCCGCGUGGAUCUCCCGGAUGGGCCUUCACGUGGUUAUAUCCUCGAGAUCUGGGGCAGUCAGUUCGAACUUCCCGAGUUGGGUCCCCUGGGUGCCAACGGUCUUGCCAAUGCACGAGACUUUCUCUUUCCCACAGCUAAGUAUGAGAUCACUCAAGAAGAUUGGGAAGUUGUGUAUAAGCUGGGAGGGAAGUUCUUCAAGAGCACGCAGAAGCACAGUCCAUUUGAUGUGGUUGCCUGGCACGGUAACUAUGUACCAUACAAAUAUGAUAUGACCAAGUUCGUCAACGUUGGUUCCAUCUCGGUCGACCAUAUCGACCCUUCCAUCUUCUGUGUCCUCACAGCCAAGUCUCGUGAUUCCACGGCUCCUUUGGCCGACCUACUCAUAUUCUCGCCUCGAUGGGAUGUUGCAUCACACACAUAUCGCCCCCCAUAUUACCACCGCAACGCUGCCUCCGAAGUCAUGGGCCUAAUCUACGGCGAUUACGGCGGUCGUUCCGACGCCUUCAAGCCCGGAAGUGUCUCCUUCGAAUGUGGGAUGGUCCCUCACGGCGUCGCCUACGAGGAAUUCAAAGCCGCCACCGAAGCCGACCCACCAGUCAUGCGCAUCUCCGAAGCCUCAAUGGCAUUCAUGUUCGAAUCGAGCCGUCCAUUCACAAUCACAGAUUACGCCUGGACAAGCGAAAAGAGACACGAGCACGAGCCCAAAAUGUGGGAUAACCUCGUCGACAACUUCUUCAGCCACGCUAAGGAAGUCGAGGAAUUAUUGGCUAAAAAGGCUCAAGGGUUGAGGGUUUGAUCGCAUCGCAUCUCGUUCAUCUCACUUCGUUGCAUUAUCCUACCCUGUGUUGUGCUUUUUAGCCACCGUUCAUAUCUAUACCUAUGGUCAUGAUUAUUAUGUGAAUACUCGCUAUCGCUCUGUACAUAUUGAAAAACAU